AUGGGGGCGAACGUGGACGGGGGCGAACGUGGACGGGGGCGAACGUGGACGGGGGCGAACGUGGACGGGGGCGAACGUGGACGGGGGCGAACGUGGACGGGGGCGAACGUGGACGGGGGCGAACGUGGACGGGGGCGAACGUGGACGGGGGCGAACGUGGACGGGGGCGAACGUGGACGGGGGCGAACGUGGACGGGGGCGAACGUGGACGGGGGCGAACGUGGACGGGGGCGAACGUGGACGGGGGCGAACGUGGACGGGGGCGAACGUGGACGGGGGCGAACGUGGACGGGGGCGAACGUGGACGGGGGCGAACGUGGACGGGGGCGAACGUGGAUGGGGGCGAACGUGGAUGGGGGCGAACGUGACGUGAACGGGGGCGGACGUGGACGGGGGCGGACGUGGACGGGGGCGAACGUGGACGGGGGCGAACGUGGACGGGGGCGAACGUGGACGGGGGCGAACGUGGACGGGGGCGAACGUGGACGGGGGCGAACGUGGACGGGGGCGAACGUGGACGGGGGCGAACGUGGACGGGGGCGAACGUGGACGGGGGCGAACGUGGACGGGGGCGAACGUGGACGGGGGCGAACGUGGACGGGGGCGAACGUGGACGGGGGCGAACGUGGACGGGGGCGAACGUGGACGGGGGCGAACGUGGACGGGGGCGAACGUGGACGGGGGCGAACGUGGACGGGGGCGAACGUGGACGGGGGCGAACGUGGACGGGGGCGAACGUGGACGGGGGCGAACGUGGACGGGGGCGAACGUGGACGGGGGCGAACGUGGACGGGGGCGAACGUGGACGGGGGCGAACGUGGACGGGGGCGAACGUGGACGGGGGCGAACGUGGACGGGGGCGAACGUGGACGGGGGCGAACGUGGACGGGGGCGAACGUGGACGGGGGCGAACGUGGACGGGGGCGAACGUGGACGGGGGCGAACGUGGACGGGGGCGAACGUGGACGGGGGCGAACGUGGACGGGGGCGAACGUGGACGGGGGCGAACGUGGACGGGGGCGAACGUGGACGGGGGCGAACGUGGACGGGGGCGAACGUGGACGGGGGCGAACGUGGACGGGGGCGAACGUGGACGGGGGCGAACGUGGACGGGGGCGAACGUGGACGGGGGCGAACGUGGACGGGGGCGAACGUGGACGGGGGCGAACGUGGACGGGGGCGAACGUGGACGGGGGCGAACGUGGACGGGGGCGAACGUGGACGGGGGCGAACGUGGACGGGGGCGAACGUGGACGGGGGCGAACGUGGACGGGGGCGAACGUGGACGGGGGCGAACGUGGACGGGGGCGAACGUGGACGGGGGCGAACGUGGACGGGGGCGAACGUGGACGGGGGCGAACGUGGACGGGGGCGAACGUGGACGGGGGCGAACGUGGACGGGGGCGAACGUGGACGGGGGCGAACGUGGACGGGGGCGAACGUGGACGGGGGCGAACGUGGACGGGGGCGAACGUGGACAGGGGCGAACGUGGACGGGGGCGAACGUGGACGGGGGCGAACGUGCACGGGGGCGAACGUGGACGGGGGCGAACGUGGACGGGGGCGAACGUGGACGGGGGCGAACGUGGACGGGGGCGAACGUGGACGGGGGCGAACGUGGACGGGGGCGAACGUGAACGGGGGCGAACGUGCACGGGGACGAACGUGCACGGGGACGAACGUGGACGGGGACGAACGUGA